AUGCAAAGUUUCAAAUUAUUGUUUAUAUUGUUGGCUGCUACUCUCAUCGUAGAUGUAACACCCCAAUCAAUCUUCGAUCUACCAGACUUAUUCGGUUCCAACAACUCUACUCUGGAGCAAACAAUUCUGGAUAUAUCUGAUACAUUCCUGAGGACUUUUGGUAUUGAUCCGUCACCAUUCAAUGAGCUACUGUCAACUUUCCUCGGAAUACCCCUACCAGAUAGCGAUGAAGCCAAUCCUGCUCCAGAUGGCAGUCGAAACAGAACAAUGAGAACAAUGGAUCAGAGUCAACUGUUCAAUAAUUUGAUUGAACUAGCAUCGGAACUAGCAAACGGCAGUUUGGUUUCGGAUUUCAGACGGAUAGAACCCAUCUUAACAGGAAUAGGAUUCGAUGGACUAACUCUUCAGAAUGGAAUAUUCAGAGUGAAUGUAAGCCGACUGGGGCUACUAUCGAGAGAACUUGGAUCAAGAUUACCAAACAGCAGCAUCAAUAUUGAUCCUAGUCGACUUGGAUGGAAUCUCACCACAGACAUGAUCAAUCUGAAUCUUAUAAACCAAGGUAACAAUUUGAUAAGGUUGGGAUCAGAAUUACGAAAUGGCAUUUUGAAUCUGAAUGCAAGUCUUCUAGAGACUUUCUUGAGAGAAUCGACAGCCUACGUUCGAAAUGGUAACAUCAAUCUGGAUGCGCGUUCAAUUGGACUGUUAUUAAGAGAAGUAGGUACACAAUUACCAAACGGUAGUCUGGAUGUAUAUCCCAGCCAACUUGGUUAUAACUCCACACAAUAUGGAUGGAAUGCACCUAUCAACACGAUAAAUUUGAAUCUCAGCCAAAUCAGCAAUAAUUUGAUAGGAUUAGCUUCGCAACUGAGGAAUGGUAGUUUGAAUCUGAAUAAGAUCCAACUAGAACCAAUUUGGAAUUUCCGAAAUGGCAGCUUGAAUCUGAAUGCUAGUCUGAUAGGACGAGUUUAUGAAGAAUUAGGAUCACAAUUACAAGAUAACAGUCUGACUUUUGAUCAAAAUCACCUUGGCUUGCAUUUCGAUGGAUUCUACUGGAACCUCCCAACCAACUUGAUUACUCUGAAUUUGAGUAAACUUGGAGACAGUUGGUUGCAACUAGGCUCGCAAUUACCACAUGGCAGCUUGAGAUUGAAUGCGAGUGAUCUAACUCAAUUUUUGAAUUUUCGAAAUAAUGGAGUGAAUUUGAAUGCAAGUCAAAUAGGAACAGUUCUGAGAAGAAUUGGAUCUCAAUUCCCAAACAGCAUCCUGAAUAUCAGUUCUAGGCGACUUGAACUGAAUACUGAUGAACUUCCUAUGAUUUCAACCAAUGAUAUAAUCUAUCUGAAUAUCAGUCAACUCGGUGACUAUUGGAUAGGGUUAGGCUCGCAAUUACCACACGGCAGUUUGAAUUUAAAUGCGAGUGAUCUGAUCCCAAUUUUGAAUAUUCGGAAUAGAAGAUUGAAUUUGAAUGCGAGUCAAAUAGGGAGGGUUUUGGGAAGAAUUGGAUCUCAAUUGCCGAACAGCAGUCUGGAUAUCAGUCCUAGGCAACUUGGAUUGAAAACUGAGGAAUUUCAAUUGACUUCUCCAGAUUAUACGUAUUCUCUGAAUCUGAGUCAUCUUGGAGACUAUUGGAUGCAACUAGGCUCGCAAUUGCCAAAUGACAGUUUGCAUUUGAAUGCAAGUGAUCUCGUACCAAUCUUGAAUUUCCGGAAUCACACCUUGAAUUUGAAUGUGACUCAAAUAGGAACAAUUUUAGGGAGAAUCGGAUCUCAAUUACCGAACAGUAUUCUAAAUAUCACUCCAAGACAACUAGGAUUGGAUAUUAAUGAACUCCCAUUCUUCCCAGAUGAUAUGAUCACUCUGAAUUUGACUCAACUUGCAGACUUCUGGAAGAAUCUAGGCUCUCAAUUACCACAUGACAGUUUGAGAUUGAAUGCGAGUGAUCUUAUCCAAAUCUUGAAUCUUCGAAAUCAUAGUUUGAAUUUGAAUGCGAGUCAAAUUGGCACAGUUUUCAGCAGAAUUGGAUCUCAAUUACCAAACAGUAGUCUGAAUAUCAGUCCUAGGCAACUUGGAUUGAAUAUGAAUGAAUCCUCAUUUCUCCUGAAUAAUAUGAUUACUCUGAACCUGAGGCAACUUGGAAACUAUUGGUUGGAACUAGGAUCGCAAAUACCUCAUGGGAGUUUGAAUUUGAAUGUGAGUGAUCUCAUCCCAAUCCUGAAUCUCCGGAAUAAUAGCUUCAAUUUGAAUACCAGUCAAAUAGGGAUAGUUCUGAGAAGAAUUGGAUCUCAAUUACCGAACAGUAGCCUGAAUAUCAGUCCUAGGCAACUUGGAUUAAAUACUGAAGAUCCAUCCAUGACUUUGCCAAAUGAUAAAAUCUCUCUGAAUCUGAGUAGAUUUGGUGACAAUUGGAUAGGACUAGGCUCACAAUUGCCACAUGGUAGUUUGAAUUUGAAUGCAAGUGAUCUCAUCCCAUUCUUGAACCUUCAAAACGAUAGCUUGAAUUUGAAUGCGAGUCAAAUAGGAACAGUAUUGAGAAGAAUUGGAUCCCAAUUAUCAAACAGCAGUCUCAUCAUCAAUCCUAGACAACUCGGAUUGGAUGCUUAUGCACUUUCUAUAAUUUCACCAAAUCAAACGAUCUCUCUGAAUCUGAGUCAACUUGGUGACUAUUGGACAGGACUAGGCUCGCAAUUACCACAUGGCAGUUUGAAUUUGAAUGCAAGUGACCUCAUCCCAAUCCUCAAUCUUCGAAAUGAUAGCUUGAAUUUGAAUGCGAGUCAAAUAGGAACAGUUUUGAGAAGAAUCGGAACCCAAUUACCAAACAGCAGUCUCAAUAUCGAUCCUAGUCAACUCGGAUUGAAUGCUGAUACACUUCCUUCAAUUUCACCAAAUCAUACGAUCUCGCUGAAUCUGAGUCAACUUGGUGACUAUUGGACAAGACUAGGCUCGCAAUUACCACAUGGCAGUUUGAAUUUGAAUGCAAGUGACCUCAUCCCAAUCCUGAAUCUUCGGAAUGAUAGCUUGAAUUUGAAUGCGAGUCAAAUUGGAACAGUUUUGAGAGGAAUUGGAUCCCAAUUACCGAAUAGCAGCCUCAAUAUCAAUCCUAGGCAACUCGGAUUGAAUUCUGAUGCACUUUCUAUAAUUUCACCAAAUCAUGUGAUCUCUCUGAAUCUAAGUCAACUUGGUGACUAUUGGACAGGACUAGGCUCGCAAUUACCACGUGGCAGUUUGAAUUUUAAUGCAAGUGACCUCAUCCCAAUCCUCAAUCUCCGAAAUGAUAGCUUGAAUUUGAAUACGACUCAGAUUGGAACAGUUUUGAGGAGAAUUGGAUCCCAAUUACCGAGCAGCAGUCUCAAUAUCAAUCCUAGGCAACUCGGAUUGAAUGCUGAUGCACUUUCUAUAAUUUCACCAAAUCAUACGAUCUCUCUGAAUCUGAGUCAACUUGGUGACUUUUGGACAGGACUAGGCUCGCAAUUACCACAUGGCAGUUUGAAUUUGAAUAAAAGUGACCUCAUCCCAAUCCUCAAUCUUCGGAAUGAUAGUUUGAAUUUGAAUGCGAGUCAAAUAGGAACAGUUUUGAGAAGAAUUGGAUCCCAAUUACCGAACAGCAGUCUCAAUAUCAAUCCUAGGCAACUCGGGUUGAAUGCUGAUGCACUUCCUAUAAUUUCACCAAAUCAUACGAUCUCUCUGAAUCUGAGUCAACUUGGUGACUUUUGGACAGGACUAGGCUCGCAAUUACCACAUGGCAGUUUGAAUCUGAAUGCAAGUGACCUCAUCCCAAUCCUCAAUCUUCGGAAUGAUAGUUUGAAUUUGAAUGCGAGUCAAAUAGGAACAGUUUUGAGAAGAAUUGGAUCCCAAUUACCGAACAGCAGUCUCAAUAUCAAUCCUAGGCAACUCGGGUUGAAUGCUGAUGCACUUCCUAUAAUUUCACCAAAUCAUACGAUCUCUCUGAAUCUGAGUCAACUUGGUGACUUUUGGACAGGACUAGGCUCGCAAUUACCACAUGGCAGUUUGAAUCUGAAUGCAAGUGACCUCAUCCCAAUCCUCAAUCUUCGGAAUGAUAGUUUGAAUUUGAAUGCGAGUCAAAUAGGAACAGUUUUGAGAAGAAUGGGAUCCCAAUUACCGAACUGCAGUCUCAAUAUCAAUCCUAGGCAACUCGGAUUGAAUGCUGAUGCACUUUCUAUCAUUCCACCAAAUCAUACGAUCUCUCUGAAUCUGAGUCAACUUGGUGACUUUUGGACAGGACUAGGCUCGCAAUUACCACAUGGCAGUUUGAAUUUGAAUGCAAGUGACCUCAUCCCAAUCCUCAAUCUUCGGAAUGAUAGUUUGAAUUUGAAUGCGAGUCAAAUAGGAACAGUUUUGAGGAGAAUUGGAUCCCAAUUACCGAACAGCAGUCUCAAUAUCAAUCCUAGGCAACUCGGAUUGAAUGCUGAUGCACUCUCUAUGAUUUCACCAAAUCAUACGAUCUCUCUGAAUCUGAGUCAACUUGGUGACUUUUGGACAGGACUAGGUUCGCAAUUACCACAUGGCAGUUUGAAUUUGAAUGCAAGUGACCUCAUCCCAAUCCUCAAUCUUCGGAAUGAUAGUUUGAAUUUGAAUGCGAGUCAAAUAGGAACAGUUUUGAGAAGAAUUGGAUCCCAAUUACCGAACAGCAGUCUCAUUAUCAAUCCUAGGCAACUCGGAUUGAAUGCUGAUGCACUUUCUAUAAUUUCACCAAAUCAUACGAUCUAUCUGAAUCUGAGUCAACUCGGUGACUAUUGGACAGGACUAGGCUCGCAAUUACCACAUGGCAGUUUAAAUUUGAAUGCAAGUGACCUCAUCCCAAUCCUCAAUCUUCGGAAUGAUAGUUUGAAUUUGAAUGCGAGUCAAAUAGGAACAGUUUUGAGAAGAAUUGGAUCCCAAUUACCGAACAGCAUUCUCAUUAUCAAUCAAAGGCAACUCGGAUUGAAUGCUGAUGCACUUUCUAUAAUUUCACCAAAUCAUACGAUCUAUCUGAAUCUGAGUCAACUCGGUGACUAUUGGACAGGACUAGGCUCACAAUUACCACAUGGCAGUUUGAAUUUGAAUGCAAGUGACCUCAUCCCAAUCCUCAAUCUUCGGAAUGAUAGCUUGAAUUUGAAUGCGAGUCAAAUAGGAACAGUUUUGAGAAGAAUCGGAACCCAAUUACCAAACAGCAGUCUCAAUAUCGAUCCUAGUCAACUCGGAUUGAAUGCUGAUACACUUCCUUUAAUUUCACCAAAUCAUACGAUCUCGCUGAAUCUGAGUCAACUUGGUGACUAUUGGACAGGACUAGGCUCGCAAUUACCACAUGGCAGUUUGAAUUUGAAUGCAAGUGACCUCAUCCCAAUCCUGAAUCUUCAAAAUGAUAGCUUGAAUUUGAAUGCGAGUCAAAUAGGAACAGUUUUGAGAGGAAUUGGAUCCCAAUUACCGAAUAGCAGCCUCAAUAUCAAUCCUAGGCAACUCGGAUUGAAUUCUGAUGCACUUUCUAUAAUUUCACCAAAUCAUGUGAUCUCUCUGAAUCUAAGUCAACUUGGUGACUAUUGGACGGGACUAGGCUCGCAAUUACCACAUGGCAGUUUGAAUUUGAAUGCAAGUGACCUCAUCCCAAUCCUCAAUCUUCGGAAUGAUAGUUUGAAUUUGAAUGCGAGUCAAAUAGGAACAGUUUUGAGAAGAAUCGGAACACAAUUACCAAACAGCAGUCUCAAUAUCGAUCCUAGUCAACUCGGAUUGAAUGCUGAUACACUUUCUAUAAUUUCACCAAAUCAUACGAUCUCUCUGAAUCUGAGUCAACUUGGUGACUAUUGGACAGGACUAGGCUCGCAUUUACCACGUGGCAGUUUGAAAUUUAAUGCAAGUGACCUCAUCCCAAUCCUCAAUCUUCGGAAUGAUAGUUUGAAUUUGAAUGCGAGUCAAAUAGGAACAGUUUUGAGAAGAAUUGGAUCCCAAUUACCGAACAGCAGUCUCAUUAUCAAUCCUAGGCAACUCGGAUUGAAUGCUGAUGCACUUUCUAUAAUUUCACCAAAUCAUACGAUCUCUCUGAAUCUAAGUCAACUUGGUGACUAUUGGACGGGACUAGGCUCGCAAUUACCACAUGGCAGUUUGAAUUUGAAUGCAAGUGACCUCAUCCCAAUCCUCAAUCUUCGGAAUGAUAGUUUGAAUUUGAAUGCGAGUCAAAUAGGAACAGUUUUGAGAAGAAUCGGAACACAAUUACCAAACAGCAGUCUCAAUAUCGAUCCUAGGCAACUCGGAUUGAAUGCUGAUGCACUUUCUAUAAUUUCACCAAAUCAUACGAUCUCUCUGAAUCUGAGUCAACUUGGUGACUAUUGGACAGGACUAGGCUCGCAAUUACCACGUGGCAGUUUGAAUUUUAAUGCAAGUGACCUCAUCCCAAUCCUCAAUCUCCGAAAUGAUAGCUUGAAUUUGAAUACGACUCAAAUUGGAACAGUUUUGAGGAGACUUGGAUCCCAAUUACCGAGCAGCAGUCUCAAUAUCAAUCCUAGGCAACUCGGAUUGAAUGCUGAUGCACUUUCUAUAAUUUCACCAAAUCAUACGUUCUAUCUGAAUCUGAGUCAACUUGGUGACUAUUGGACAGGACUAGGCUCGCAAUUACCACAUGGCAGUUUGAAUUUGAAUGCAAGUGACCUCAUCCCAAUCCUCAAUCUUCGGAAUGAUAGUUUGAAUUUGAAUGCGAGUCAAAUAGGAACAGUUUUGAGAAGAAUUGGAUCCCAAUUACCGAACAGCAGUCCCAAUAUCAAUCCUAGGCAACUCGGAGUGAAUGCUGAUGCACUUUCUAUAAUUUCACCAAAUCAUACGAUCUCUCUGAAUCUGAGUCAACUUGGUGACUUUUGGACAGGACUAGGCUCGCAAUUACCACAUGGCAGUUUGAAUUUGAAUGCAAGUGACCUCAUCCCAAUCCUCAAUCUUCGGAAUGAUAGUUUAAAUUUGAAUGCGAGUCGAAUAGGAACAGUUUUGAGAAGAAUUGGAUCCCAAUUACCGAACAGCAGUCUCAAUAUCAAUCCUAGGCAACUCGGAUUGAAUACUGAUGCACUUUCUAUAAUUUCACCAAAUAAUACGAUCUCUCUGAAUCUGAGUCAACUUGGUGACUAUUGGACAGGACUAGGCUCGCAAUUACCACAUGGCAGUUUGAAUUUGAAUGCAAGUGACCUCAUCCCAAUCCUCAAUCUUCGGAAUGAUAGUUUGAAUUUGAAUGCGAGUCAAAUAGGAACAGUUUUGAGAAGAAUUGGAUCCCAAUUACCGAACUGCAGUCUCAAUAUCAAUCCUAGGCAACUCGGAUUGAAUGCUGAUGCACUCUCUAUAAUUUCACCAAAUCAUACGAUCUCCCUGAAUCUGAGUCAACUUGGUGACUUUUGGACAGGACUAGGCUCGCAAUUACCACAUGGCAGUUUGAAUUUGAACGCAAGUGACCUCAUCCCAAUCCUCAAUCUUCGGAAUGAUAGUUUGAAUUUGAAUGCGAGUCGAAUAGGAACAGUUUUGAGAAGAAUUGGAUCCCAAUUACCGAGCAGCAGUCUCAAUAUCAAUCCUAGGCAACUCGGAUUGAAUGCUGAUGCACUUUCUAUGAUUUCACCAAAUCAUACGAUCUCUCUGAAUCUGAGUCAACUUGGUGACUUUUGGACAGGACUAGGUUCGCAAUUACCACAUGGCAGUUUGAAUUUGAAUGCAAGUGACCUCAUCCCAAUCCUCAAUCUCCGAAAUGAUAGCUUGAAUUUGAAUACGACUCAGAUUGGAACAGUUUUGAGGAGAAUUGGAUCCCAAUUACCGAGCAGCAGUCUCUAUAUCAAUCCUAGGCAACUCGGAUUGAAUGCUGAUGCACUUUCAAUAAUUUCACCAAAUCAUACGAUCUAUCUGAAUCUGAGUCAACUUGGUGACUAUUGGACAGGACUAGGCUCGCAAUUACCACAUGGCAGUUUGAAUUUGAAUGCAAGUGACCUCAUCCCAAUCCUCAAUCUUCGGAAUGAUAGUUUGAAUUUGAAUGCGAGUCAAAUAGGAACAGUUUUGAGAAGAAUUGGAUCCCAACUACCGAACAGCAGUCUCAAUAUCAAUCCUUGGCAACUUGGAUUGAAUGCAGAUGCACUUUCUAUAAUUUCACCAAAUCAUACGAUCUCUCUGAAUCUGAGCCAACUUAAUGACUUUUGGACAGGACUAGGCUCGCAAUUACCACAUGGCAGUUUGAAUUUGAUUGCAAGUGACCUCAUCCCAAUCCUCAAUCUUCGGAAUGAUAGUUUGAAUUUGAAUGCGAGUCGAAUAGGAACAGUUUUGAGAAGAAUUGGAUCCCAAUUACCGAACAGCAGUCUCAAUAUCAAUCCUAGGCAACUCGGAUUGAAUACUGAUGCACUUUCUAUAAUUUCACCAAAUGAUACGAUCUCUCUGAAUCUGAGUCAACUCGGUGACUAUUGGACAGGACUAGGCUCGCAAUUACCACAUGGCAGUUUGAAUUUGAAUGCAAGUGACCUCAUCCCAAUCCUCAAUCUUCGGAAUGAUAGUUUGAAUUUGAAUGCGAGUCAAAUAGGAACAGUUUUGAGAAGAAUUGGAUCCCAAUUACCGAACAGCAGUCUCAAUAUCAAUCCUAGGCAACUCGGAUUGAAUGCUGAUGCACUUUCUAUAAUUUCACCAAAUCAUACGAUCUCUCUGAAUCUGAGUCAACUUGGUGACUUUUGGACAGGACUAGGCUCGCAAUUACCACAUGGCAGUUUGAAUUUGAAUGCAAGUGACCUCAUCCCAAUCCUCAAUCUUCGGAAUGAUAGUUUGAAUUUGAAUGCGAGUCAAAUAGGAACAGUUUUGAGAAGAAUUGGAUCCCAAUUACCGAACAGCAGUCUCAAUAUCAAUCCUAGGCAACUCGGAUUGAAUGCUGAUGCACUUUCUAUGAUUUCACCAAAUCAUACGAUCUCUCUGAAUCUGAGUCAACUUGGUGACUUUUGGACAGGACUAGGUUCGCAAUUACCACAUGGCAGUUUGAAUUUGAAUGCAAGUGACCUCAUCCCAAUCCUCAAUCUCCGAAAUGAUAGCUUGAAUCUGAAUACGACUCAGAUUGGAACAGUUUUGAGGAGAAUUGGAUCCCAAUUACCGAGCAGCAGUCUCAAUAUCAAUCCUAGGCAACUCGGAUUGAAUGCUGAUGCACUUUCUAUAAUUUCACCAAAUAAUACGAUCCCUCUGAAUCUGAGUCAACUUGGUGACUAUUGGACAGGACUAGGCUCGCAAUUACCACAUGGCAGUUUGAAUUUGAAUGCAAGUGACCUCAUCCCGAUCCUCAAUCUUCGGAAUGAUAGUUUGAAUUUGAAUGCGAGUCAAAUAGGAACAGUUUUGAGGAGAAUUGGAUCCCAAUUACCUAAUAGCAGUCUCAAUAUCAAUCCUAGGCAACUCGGAUUGAAUGCUGAUGCACUUUCUAUAAUUUCACCAAAUAAUACGUUCUAUCUGAAUCUGAGUCAACUUGGUGACUAUUGGACAGGACUAGGCUCGCAAUUACCACAUGGCAGUUUGAAUUUGAAUGCAAGUGACCUCAUCCCAAUCCUCAAUCUUCGGAAUGAUAGUUUGAAUUUGAAUGCGAGUCAAAUAGGAACAGUUUUGAGAAGAAUUGGAUCCCAAUUACCGAACAGCAGUCUCAAUAUCAAUCCUAGGCAACUCGGAUUGAAUGCUGAUGCACUUUCUAUGAUUUCACCAAAUCAUACGAUCUAUCUGAAUCUGAGUCAACUUGGUGACUAUUGGACAGGACUAGGCUCGCAAUUACCACAUGGCAGUUUGAAUUUGAAUGCAAGUGACCUCAUCCCAAUCCUCAAUCUUCGGAAUGAUAGUUUGAAUUUGAAUGCGAGUCGAAUAGGAACAGUUUUGAGAAGAAUUGGAUCCCAAUUACCGAACAGCAGUCUCAAUAUCAAUCCUAGGCAAUUCGGAUUGAAUACUGAUGCACUUUCUAUAAUUUCACGAAAUAAUACGAUCUCUCUGAAUCUGAGUCAACUUGGUGACUAUUGGACAGGACUAGGCUCGCAAUUACCACAUGGCAGUUUGAAUUUGAAUGCAAGUGACCUCAUCCCAAUCGUCAAUCUUCGGAAUGAUAGUUUGAAUUUGAAUGCGAGUCAAAUAGGAACAGUUUUGAGAAGUAUUGGAUCUCAAUUACCGAACAGCAGUCUCAAUAUCAAUCCUAGGCAACUCGGAUUGAUUGCUGAUGCACUUCCUAUACUAACACCAAAUAAUACGAUCUCUCUGAAUCUGAGUCGAUUUGGUGACGAUUGGAUGGAACUAGGCUCGCAAUUACCACAUGGCAGUUUGAAUCAGAAUGCAAGUGACCUCAUCCCAAUCCUCAAUCUUCGGAAUGAGAGUUUGAAUUUGAAUGUGAGUCAAAUAGGAACAGUUUUGAGGAGAAUUGGAUCCCAAUUACCUAACAGCAGUCUCAAUAUCAAUCCUAGGCAACUCGGAUUGAAUGCUGAUGCACUUUCAAUAAUUUCACCAAAUAAUACGAUCCCUCUGAAUCUGAGUCAACUUGGUGACUAUUGGACAGGACUAGGCUCGCAAUUACCACAUGGCAGUGUGAAUUUGAAUGCAAGUGACCUCAUCCCAAUCCUCAAUCUCCGAAAUGAUAGCUUGAAUUUGAAUACGACUCAGAUUGGAACAGUUUUGAGGAGAAUUGGAUCCCAAUUACCGAGCAGCAGUCUCAAUAUCAAUCCUAGGCAACUCGGAUUGAAUGCUGAUGCACUUUCUAUAAUUUCACCAAAUAAUACGAUCCCUCUGAAUCUGAGUCAACUUGGUGACUAUUGGACAGGACUAGGCUCGCAAUUACCACAUGGCAGUUUGAAUUUGAAUGCAAGUGACCUCAUCCCGAUCCUCAAUCUCCGGAAUGAUAGUUUGAAUUUGAAUGCGAGUCAAAUAGGAACAGUUUUGAGGAGAAUUGGAUCCCAAUUACCUAAUAGCAGUCUCAAUAUCAAUCCUAGGCAACUCGGAUUGAAUGCUGAUGCACUUUCUAUAAUUUCACCAAAUAAUACGAUCCCUCUGAAUCUGAGUCAACUUGGUGACUAUUGGACAGGACUAGGCUCGCAAUUACCACAUGGCAGUUUGAAUUUGAAUGCAAGUGACCUCAUCCCGAUCCUCAAUCUUCGGAAUGAUAGUUUGAAUUUGAAUGCGAGUCAAAUAGGAACAGUUUUGAGGAGAAUUGGAUCCCAAUUACCUAAUAGCAGUCUCAAUAUCAAUCCUAGGCAACUCGGAUUGAAUGCUGAUGCACUUUCUAUAAUUUCACCAAAUAAUACGAUCCCUCUGAAUCUGAGUCAACUUGGUGACUAUUGGACAGGACUAGGCUCGCAAUUACCACAUGGCAGUUUGAAUUUGAAUGCAAGUGACCUCAUCCCGAUCCUCAAUCUUCGGAAUGAUAGUUUGAAUUUGAAUGCGAGUCAAAUAGGAACAGUUUUGAGAAGUAUUGGAUCUCAAUUACCGAACAGCAGUCUCAAUAUCAAUUCUAGGCAACUCGGAUUGAUUGCUGAUGCACUUCCUAUGCUAACACCAAAUGAUACGAUCUCUCUGAAUCUGAGUCGAUUUGGUGACGAUUGGAUGGAACUAGGCUCGCAAUUACCACAUGGCAGUUUGAAUUUGAAUGCAAGUGACCUCAUCCCGAUCCUCAAUCUUCGGAAUGAUAGUUUGAAUUUGAAUGCGAGUCAAAUAGGAACAGUUUUGAGAAGUAUUGGAUCUCAAUUACCGAAAAGCAGUCUCAAUAUCAAUUCUAGGCAACUCGGAUUGAUUGCUGAUGCACUUCCUAUACUAACACCAAAUAAUACGAUCUCUCUGAAUCUGAGUCGAUUUGGUGACGAUUGGAUGGAACUAGGCUCGCAAUUACCACAUGGCAGUUUGAAUGUGAAUGCGAGUGAUCUUAUCCCAACCUCAAUUAUUCGAAAUACUAGCUCGAAUCGAAAUGUCAGUCAGAUAGGAACAAUUUUGAGAAGACUCGGAUCUCAAUUACCGAACAGCAGUCUGAAUAUCAGUCCUAGACAACUUGGGUUGAAUAUUACUGAACAUCUUCUGAACUCGCUAAAUAACACAAUAAAUGUGAAUCUGAAUCAACUCGGUAACUAUCUGAUAGAAUAUCAACAGGCACACCCAAAUGGUAGUUGGAAUCUGAAUUCGAGUCAACUGGAAAUAUUCCUCAACGGACUACCCAAUGGCACUAUAAGCUUAGAUAUACCCGUAUUGGAACAUAAUUCCACCAACAAUACUGGAGAUUCGCGAGACAAUACAACAACAGAACAUGUAACGCCAACUGUUAUCCCAAUCGCAGUAGAGAGUACUGUACCUUCAAGAACAUAUGAGACAACAACAAUUCGUACUGUUCCUUCAAGAACACAUGAGACAACAACAAUUCCCUCCACUAUACCUGUUAUUCCAAUCGUAGUAGAGAGUACUGCAUCUUCAAGAACACAUGAGACAACAACAAUUCGUACUGUACCUCCAAGAACACAUGAGACAACAACAAUUCCCUCUACUAUACCUGUUAUUCCAAUCGUAGUAGAGAGUACUGCAUCUUCAAGAACACAUGAGACAACAACAAUUCGUACUGUACCUUCAAGAACACAUGAGACAACAACAAUUCCCUCCACUCUACCUGUUAUUCCAAUCGUAGUAGAGAGUACUGCAUCUUCAAGAACACAUGAGACAAUAACAACAAUUCGUACUGUGCCUUCAAGAACACAUGAGACAACAACAAUUCCCUCAACUCUACCUGUUAUUCCAAUCGUAGUAGAUAGUACUGUACGUUCAAGAACACAUGAGACAACAACAAUUCUUCCCCAUAUCAAUCGAGUUACACAUUCAGAAAGACAAAGUCAUGUAACGAAUAUGCACAACCAUAAUUCGUCAACUAGUAGUUUGGUAAGCAUGAAUUCGACAAUUGCUAACGGGACCACUAGUGAUAUAAGAACGGAAGAAUCAAAUAGAAAUUCUGCUACAUCUGAUGAACAUAACAGUACAAAUCAUAUAACGAUAGUGGGCACUGACGAAUCAGCAUCCUGCCAGUCAUUGUACAAUAUCACCCAAACAAUUAUUCAUAUUUUGUCUGACAGAAGCACCUAUGAACACUCAUCUGGCUUCGAGGCUGUGUGUGCUACAUCGCAAAACCUUUCGAAUGUCUUAUCAGAAUGUCUAGUCUCGAAUCUGUACCUCUCGUCAGGCUAUUAUGACCCCUGCUACAGUUUAUUGGACCUUAUAGAAUCUGUUUUGAUGGAUUUCCAGGAGUUGAAUUCGAAUAUUUACGAAUCCAUGUCCUCCAUUCUGCAAAUCAUCGCUCAAGUUAUUUCGCAAUCUCUGUUUCCAAGGAAUAUCCUCUUCAACUCUGAGCCUAACGAUCCACCUACAGACGAUUUGAUGAGUUUAGCAUCCCCACGUAUUACAAGAGAAAAUGCCCUGCAAACGACGCCAGCUCCGGCCACCGUUUGGCGACCGACGCCGAUCAGCAGACGUCGCGGCGCCGUCUCCGCUCGGGGACGGCGAUUGGCCGCCCCCAUGGCUCCCAGCGGGCUCCCACUCGCGUCUGGGCCAACCAGGCGCCACGAGAGGCGGGACGGCUCUGCAUUCGCAAUUGUUUCAAUUUUGUGGAGGAAAAAUUCCGACAGUCUCGACGGCCAUUUUGGAAAGCCCCCGCGAUUGUUUUAG